AUGGAAUAUGGGUUCGGCGGCCGCCGGGUCUGGGAAUCUAGCAGAAGCUCCGGGAGCUCCGGUUUUCAGUUCGCUAGUCGCAGGGUUCGACCGCUCGAGGACGGGUCGUAAGUGUCGUACGUAUUAUACGUGGACGGGUGCGUGCGUGCGCGUGAGAAAGCCAGCGAAGAAAGGAUAUAUAUACACGCAACACAGUACGUAUAAAGGAACGAGAAGAUCCUUUGUAAGCGGAGGGAAAGGGCCGCUCGAGAAAGAUAGAUAGAUAGAUAGAGAGAGAGAGAGAAAGAAAAGACGUAGAAAGAAAGAGAGAGAGAGAGAGAGAGCAAGGUGCUUGCUUAAAAGAGGUGGGAGAGAGUCGUCGUCGUCGCAGUAUACGUGGUGUGUCAGAAGCGGUGAUCAGUGUUUUUUUUCUUUCUCUCUCUCUCUUCCUCCGAAAACUAUAGCGAGGAUCUCGCGCGAAUACUUUAUCGCUAUCGAUCGUAGCGACGGCUACGUCGUACAGAACGCGGACACACGGACAUCAAGCACGCCAGAAAAUCCGCCUUCCUUUCUCUCUCUCUCUCUCUCUCGGUAUACACUCCUUUUCCUGUCUGCCAGUCUUCUGUCCCCCUCCCCCAAUUCGUGUCCCUCACCCCACUUCACCAUUGCCCCCCCGCCCCCCUCCCGUCCCUAGUUUCAUUCGUUUCCUCUUCGCCGCGUGCGCGUUUCCGCGGCCACUGCCGCCGCUCUCUUCGGGGUUGCCGGCUGCCUAUUAUUCCUUCGUAAGUCGACGCUUCGGAAAGAAGAGACGCCUGGGCAAGAACGGGCACACAGGUGCAGGUGCAUGCAUAUAGGCGACGAGCACGUAGGAGAGCGCGAGAUCCCGUCGUGAGCAGCGGGGGAGGCGGAUAAGAAGGAGAAGGAAUCGGUGAGAGAAAAGGAAAAGGAGAAGAAGGAGAAGGCGACAGCGGCAGCCGCAGCAGCAGCGGCGGACGGAGCAGUUGUCACGCAUACCUCGUACGGUUUACUAUCGUCGCGCACACACAGUACAUCGAUAGUCGACGAAUUGUCAGGAUGGAUGAUACCGCGGGCCCACCGCGAACGUCGGACGUGGGGGCGAUGGGGGUCGAGAGCGACGAAGCCGCAACCUCCUCGAAGAUGCGGACGCUCGACGACGAGUCGACCGUUGUUCCCCCGGACGACCCGGUCGUCCCUGCCGGUGACGCGGCCACCACCACCACUACCACCACUAUCGGAGCGGCGGCGGCGGCCGCCGCCGCCGCCUCCGAUAACGUUGAAUGCCGGGACAGGGGUUCGAUAAGAGCCGCGUCCCCGGGACCGCGCGCCGCAGCCGCGACUACUACCUCGAAUUCGACGACGACGACGACGCCGCAGCCGCCGCAGCUGCCGCCGGCACCGCAACCGGGGUGUGGCUGCGUCGCCGCCGGCGCCGCCGACAGAGACGAGAUCACCGUGUGCAUCACACCGACCACCGGCGGCCAGUUCGAGCUCACGGUGGACCGGAACGACACUGUGGAGAGCCUUAAGAAGAUUAUCUCCAAGAAGCUGAAGGUCGCCAAGGAGCGCAUCUGCUUGCUGUACCGUGAGAGGCAGCUGCGCGAAGGAACACUCGCGGAAAAUGGCCUACAGAACGACAGUCGGCUUACAUUGCUGCCGAGUGUGGAAACCGGAUUGUUGGCGCAACGGCCGGAGCAGAGUGUAAUGCAGGCCUUGGAGAGUCUCAAUGACUCACAGGUGAACGACUUCUUGUCCGGUAAAGCGCCGCUUAACCUGACGAUGCGAUUGGGCGAUCACAUGAUGCUGAUACAGCUGCAGCUGUCCACCGUAACCCCGGCAUCGCCGACUGCCAAUCAAACAACGAGCUCCAGUACCAGCAACAGCGGCCACAACAACAGCUUGCUCGCCAGUGACAAUGCCACGAGCAGCAACGCAUCCAGCUUACCCAGCGGCCACGUUUCCUCUUCAUUGCAGGCGAGAAGAUGCCUGACAGCUAGAUCGCCAGGGAAUAUUGUCAAGUCGCAAAACGCCAGCAGUGGAUCGAGCGGCAGAACGUCGCAUCUGAUUAGCAGCCUUGCCAGCGCCCUUGCCGCUCGUUACAGCAGCAAUGGCAAUACUCUGUCCACCGCUGGCAUCACCACUACCACUACUAGCCCGGUUUGUUCCAGUCGUGUUACGUCACUCUCGUCCGUCUCCGCGACGCCGAUCAGCCCGGUGCACUCACCAUCAUCGUCGUCAUCAUCGUCGUCGUCAUCGUCGACGUCGUCCUCCAGCAACUCAAGUCAAUCGCAAUCCUCGCGCAAUCCGCACGCCAUUCCGCCUACGAGCAAUAACCCCUCCAGCGCUUGCCAACCCUGCCCACUCUAUCACCAUCAUCAUCAUCAUGGCCAUCAUCAUGGCCACCAUCAUGGUCACCAUCAUCACCAUCACCAUCACCAUCAUCAUCACCAUUCGAGGAACAACAAGUCCAGCUUGCCCAAUCUUUCCUCUUCCUCUUCCUCCU